GGACUCCGGGCAGAGGCACAUCGGGCUGGACUCCGGGCAGAGGCACAUCGGGCUGGACUCCGGGCAGAGGCACAUCGGGCUGGACUCCGGGCAGAGGCACAUCGGGCUGGACUCCGGGCAGAGGCACAUAAGGCUGGACUCCGGGCAGAGGCACAUCGGGCUGGACUCCGGGCAGAGGCACAUCGGGCUGGACUCCGGGCAGAGGCACAUCGGGCUGGACUCCGAGGAGAGGGGCACAUCGGAUUACCAGGCGAAGCAGCAGGCACCGGGCCACCAGGCGGAGCAGCAGGCAGCGGGCCACCAGGCGGAGCAGCAGGCAGCGGGCCACCGGGCAGAGCAGCAGGCACCGGGCCCCCGGGCGGAGCAGCAGGCACCGGGCCACCAGGCGGAGCAGCAGGCAGCGGGCCACCAGGCGGAGCAGCAGGCAGCGGGCCACCAGGCGGAGCAGCAGGCACCGGGCCCCCAGGC